AUGAGUCAAACCAGCAUUCACAUUCCCGGCCUUGCAGGCACCAAGGCCUUUACACGUCCCCUCAACAAGGAAGACGUAGACAUCUGCGUAAACGUCGAGCAAGCAUUCACUGAAGCAGAGCGAUGUUCCAAGGAGAAGUUCUGCUACCGACUUACUGCAAGUCCCGAGCUGUGCUUCGGUCUCUUCGUUGAGAACGAAGACGGGUCAUCUACGAUGAUCGGACAUGUCAUUGCCGUCAGAUCACCAUAUCCCCGUAUCACAGACGGGUCCAUGGAAAUGCCCGAGAACUGGCGUUCAUUGCCGGACGACGAGCCAGUCUAUGUGAACGGGGAGUUGAUCGGCAAUGACAAGAAUGGUGAUUCUGCCGCUAUCCAUUCUGUGGCUAUUUCACCGGACUUCCAAGGCAAGCGGGUUGGGAGAGCUCUGGUGGCAGCUUACAUGAAGUAUCUUGAGAACGGAUGCUUUGGUUUGAGCCGGGCUAUACUCAUGGCGCAUGAUUACUUGGUCAACUUUUAUGAAAGUGUUGGGUUUAAGAAUCGGGGCCAAAGUGAGUCCUCAUUUGCCGGUGGUGUUUGGUAUGAUAUGGAUUAUGAUCUUUGA